AUGAGUAAAUUAGGUGCAUUAGCUGACGAUUCAUUAUCAAUAAUGGGAAAAAAAAAUAUUCAUUUGAAUAGUCGCGAGUUAAAAAAUAAUAAUUUAAAUGAUAAUGAAAAAAAUUCACAUGCUUGGAAUAAUUUUAAAUUAAAUCUUGUAUCUAAACAUGACGAUACGGACGAAUAUGAAAUCGGAGCAUAUGGUUACGGUAAAAAUAAUGUCAAACUGCUUUACGUAAAACGCGAAGACAAAUAUCGACACGAAAUUCAUGAAUAUGAAGUCGAUACUCAUCUGCGACUGGGAUCACAAAAAGACUAUUUGGAGGGCGACAAUCGGGACAUAAUAGCCACCGACAGUCAGAAAAACACGGUCUACAUACUCGCGAAAAAAUACGGAAUAAAAUCCCCCGAAGAAUUCGGAAUAUUGCUGUGCGCUCAUUUUCUGUACACUUACAAACACGUAGAGGAAGUGCACGUUAACAUAGAGGAAUAUCCGUGGAUGCGUCAUAGCGUUAAUGGAGUCCCCCACAACCACGCUUUCAUUUUCAAUCCUCAAGUCAUAAGACACUGUCAGGUUACACAACUCAGAAAUGAAUCUCCGAAAAUUCGUGGCGGCCUAAAAGGUCUGCGUGUUUUAAAAACAACUCAGAGUUCAUUUAUCGACUUUAUACAAGACGACUAUCGAACACUACCUGAUGCAAAUGACAGAAUAUUUAGCACAGUAGUGUCAGCUUCUUGGGAUUUCUCAACUGCCAAAGACGUCGAUUUCGACCGAGUCUGGACCACCGUCAAAAAUUGUAUUCUAGAAAAUUUUUCUGGUCCCCCUUCUACCGGAAUUUCUUCACCCAGUGUUCAAAAUACCCUUUACUUAGCCGAGAGAUGUGUGUUAGAUAAAAUUGACCAGAUUAAAAGCAUUGAAAUGCGUAUGCCGAACAAACAUUAUUUAGAUCUUGACAUGAGCAAGUUUCCCAAACUGGUGGAAGGAGAGAACAAAGAAGUCUAUCUGCCAGUUGACAAGCCCGCGGGAAUUAUUUACGCACAACUGAACAGAAAAGACGUUACCUCGAGGUUAUAGUGGAUUGAGUAAAAAAACUAUAGAUUGAAUUAUAAUACAGAGAAAAUAAACUCAAGCAUGUAAAAACCCACGUUUCCGGAGUCAUAUCAUGGAAAUACCUGUUUUUUUAAAUACUAUAAGUUUUCAAGUAUUUAAUAUAUAUUUAAAGUACACCUUUGGUAAUAACGGAUGUUUGUACUCUUUUUUAUGGUAUU